AUGGAAGCUAGCUCUUCCAGCAAGGCACCUACCUGCCCUGCAGACGGAAAAAUUGCGAAAUUGAGGAAAUUACAAGACAUGAGGCAGGAAAUGCCUUACAUGUCCAAAGCUAGCAUGGAAGCUUUGCUGAAAUAUGUCUCUUCGAAGGGAAUCCCGGAAGCCAAGAGAGCCAAAGAUAUGCGGGCAGCAAACCGACAUUUAAUCCGCACUUCAACAGCUUAUGGUCCUUUGGUGUAUGAAAAGAAGCUGGUUUGCACCGAUGGAAGCAAAAUUGCUUUGAAAUUUGUCAACUAUUUGACUUUUCUCUGCCAUGCUUACCAAGGAGGAGGUGGCUUUCACAGGUGCUUGAACACCUUGCUUGCAAAGCACGGAUCACUUUCCUUGAUACUUUAUUCAGAUGAAAUAUCGCCUGGUAAUCCUCUUGCAAGCAAGGUUGGACGCAAAUGUUGGGUAGUAUAUUGUGCCAUCAAAGAAAUGAAGGCGCUUUUGUCUGACACCGAUGCGUGGGUGUGCCUUUUUGUUUGCAGAUCUUCUUUGGUCUCUACUUUGGCAGCUUCCAUGAGCCAGGUGAUGAGAGAGAUUUUGGAAAACACAUUUAGGAAUCCUCUCUGUGAUGUCGAGAACCUAGGCAUCUUGUUGAAACAACCCGAAGGUGAAAGAGCGCCCGCUGUCCUGGUAAAGCUGUCCUUUGCUUUUUUUCUGCAAGAUGGUGGAGCAAUGAAAUAUUGCUACAGCGUGAAGGGAGACAGUGGAAGCCGCUUUUGCUUACAAUGCAAAAACAUUUUCGAAAUCAAAGCUAAGAAGGCAGGGUCAGAUUCAGAAGAAGAGCUGCCAGAAGUUUGCAAGUAUGUGAAAGUCAGUCAGCUGGAGCUGGCAUCUGAUGAGGAAGUGUUGGCAUCUUGGGCCAGGAUGCAAACACGAGCUGAGAGGCACAGAGCUGGGUUCCUGUCUGCCAGUGAUUUGAAGCAAUGGGAGCAAGCCUGCGGCAUUUCUUGGGAUGAAAAAACCUUGCUGGCAAGCCCUUCGCUCCAAGGCUUGCUCAAGCCUUGCACACAAUGGGUCCAUGACUGGCUCCAUUGUUUGCUGUCGAAUGGCAUUUUCGCUAUCGCUACGUUCUUGUGGCUCAAUUCCUUGGACAUGUGGGAGACCUUGCAAGGGUACGUUGGUUUGUGGCAGUUGCCAAAGCACCAGCAAGGUAUUAACAUCAGUGCGAUGCUGGAUCCUGCAAGAGUGAAAAAGCACAAGAAAAGUGGAAAAAUGAAUUGCACCGCUUCAGAGCUCCUCAGCCUAGAACCUAUUCUGACGCAUUUUGCCCAGACUGUUGUCAAACCUUCUGGCAAGCACUUGGAGGAAUGCAACGCGUAUUUGAGUUUGGCCAUGGUCGUUCAAAUGUUCCAACACACCCACCAUGGAAUUUUGACACCUGAUGAUAUCGAAGCACAGGUGGAAAAAUCCUUGUCCUUGUGGCUUGCAGCUGGGUGGCAGGACCACAUGAUCAAAAAACACCACUGGCUUCUUCAUUUCAGCACCCAUCUCAGGCUGCACGGAAUGACAGCCAGCUGUUUUUCACAAGAGCGAAAGCACAAGGAUAUUUCCAGGCAUGCUGCAUGCAUCUUCAACACGCAAUAUUUUGAACAAGGUGUGAUUGAGGAAGUGGUCAACCAAGAGAUGCACCAGCUGUCUUCCAGCUCCUCGUUGUCCACAGAACCGAGCUUUCUAAAGCAAUCUCUUUUGCCCAAAAAGCUGCUGCACAUUGGCAAAGAGAUUUGGCCCUUCGCAGAAAAUGUUUGGACAGGACACACACUGAAGUUGUUCCCAAAUGGUCAAGUCAGCAAGGGAGAUAUUGUUUUACUCCAUGGCGGCAAAGCUGGGAGAAUCCAAGUGCAUUUGACCGAUGGGAAAGCCUAUUGUUCUUUGAUUUCCCUUUUCGUCUUGGUGGAAGAGCACAAGGAGUAUUCGGUUUGGCAAGAGCCAGCGCAUCCCACGGACGGCACCGAGAAGCGCUUUGCUCUCAGGCUCACGCUUGCAGAUUGCAACUGCCAGUGCACUGUCGUGCUCAGCUGCACGCUCUCCGACACGGUGCACGACACUCCGGCAGUGCGCCUGCAGCUGCGGGACUUGUUCCGUGGGGCCCACGGAGCCAGUGCUGUCGUUGAGCCUGCCGCGCUCCAGCGGAAAGUUCCGCACUGCCAGUUGAACACUGGCUGUCCCGUGGCACCUUUGAACAUGCUGCAGGUCGAUGUGCAGUUAGGGUUGAUUUGCAUUGGUGACGUGGAAGCUAGUUUCGUGCGGGCUCUGGUCUCUUUCAAUGACGUGACCCUGCCCGAUGAUGAAGCUCUUCAACAAGACAACACGGCCGUCUCAGCGAUGCGGGUGAAGAGAUCCGUCGAUUGCCUGCUGCCUGGCACCGCCGAGACCAGCGUGACGCACCGGGCAAAGCUGCGGAGCGCUGGUCCGGCUUCGGUUGUCAAUUGGAUGCUGCGAGGCCGCGCAGGCGAAGCGCACUUGGUGGUUUUGGCCCACACGGAAGAAGAAGGCGAGUGGAGUGUGCUCUGGCACGUACCAGUUGGUGCGCACCGUGUGGAAGGAGCCACACGAUUUCUGAUGCAGCUGUACCAGUCAGAGGUGAGUGCCCCACAGACCAUCACAUAUGAUUCGACAUGGACACCAAUGAAACGACUCGCCGUCGUCGUCGAGCAAACGCCUAAAGAGACAACGAUGGCAGAGAACGGCGCCUGA